AUUUUAAUAUUUUUUUUAAUUUCAAUAAUGGGUAUUUGUCAUUGUAGCAAAAGUAGUGAAGCGGAACAAAAGUAGGUAAAAGUGAAAGUAGGAGGAGGUGAAGAGGGAACAUGUACAUGGAAGAUAUUAAAAGGAGUUUAGUAAUACAAUUUUGUAACAAAUUCUGGAUGGGAAAUGAAGUUUGAACUCUCAUCAAAUGGAACUAUAAGUGGUGGAAACAAAAAUGACAAUGAAGAAGGAGCACUGAAAAAGUUAUAUGCAGGAACUUUAAAAAAUGGAAUUUUAGAUUGUAUAGCUACAUUUGAAGAUGGGGCAUAAAUAAAAUAUGAUGGAUAAAUGGAUGGAUCAAUGAUGAGAGUUACAUGUAAAGUUAUUAAAGGAAGUGAUAAAUUUCAUGAAGGAGAUAUUGCAGAUUGUAUUGGACCUGUUAAAUAUGAUUGAAUUUCAUUAAUACUUAAACAUAAACACC